CCUCUCCUGGAUUUCUGCCGCUACUGCCUCGAUUUUUCUUAUAGACGCGUAGACACCCGAAAUCAAGGGUAAUUGAAGAUGGUUCAGCGACUUACUUACCGUAAGCGCCACAGCUACGCCACCAAAUCCAAUCAGCACCGCGUUGUCAAGACUCCCGGUGGAAAGUUGAUCUAUCAAACCACCAAGAAGAGGGCCAGCGGUCCCAAAUGUCCCGUUACCGGGAAGAGAAUCCAAGGGAUUCCGCACUUGAGGCCUGCUGAAUACAAGAGGUCUAGACUGGCUAGGAACCGAAGAACCAUAAACCGGGCAUAUGGUGGAGUGUUGUCAGGAAGUGCUGUCAGAGAGAGGAUCAUGCGGGCUUUUCUGGUAGAAGAGCAGAAGAUUGUGAAAAAGGUAUUGAAAAUCCAAAAGGCAAAGGAAAAGUUAGCUGCCAAGAGUUCAAAAUGAGUAUUUUUUGCUUGAAUUUGCGAAUUUUAGUGUUGAUAGUGAUUAGAUGUUUCUGGGUUCUUCCUUAAAUGGGUCAUUGUUGACAAAUCAAUCCCCCAAGUGUCCUGUUUUAUGAUAUCACCGUAACCUACUAUGUCACAAUUUCAGACCCUUUCUAGAGAUUUUUGUAUCAUUACAUUGCUGAAUCUAAUACCAUCUUGCUUGCUCAAUCU